CCCGCAGGACCUACUAGCAUCGCACCGCUACAUCCGCCGUUGACCUCCCCGUUCUCCAUUGAACUCUCGCCUCCAAUCCGUCAUCAUGGUCGUCUACUACCAGAUCGCCGGCAAGCAGAUCGGCUCCCACGUCCUCGCCAUGAGCGUUCUCGGUGCUCUCUUUGGUGGUGUUGGUCUCGCUACCCGCGGUGGCAGCCAGCCCAAGCCUGCCGCUCCUCCCAUCCAGGCUUCCUCCAAGGAUGAGGAGACCUUCAUCCAGGACUUCCUCAAACAGAUGAACGGGGAGGACAAAAAGAAGGACCAUUAGAAUACCUUUAAUUCAGGAAUGAGUCGAGGACCAUGACAUGAAGAUGCUCGACUUAAUGGGUCAUCGGCUGGGGUGAACUGGAUUCCACCGUGACGGGUCGGGCAGUGUCCUUGAAAUGUUGCCCUGCUGGGACGGCCUGGCGGUUCCAGAGAGGUGUGAAUC